UUUCCACCGUUUUUGGAGCCUCCCAACUCGAACAAAACAAAAGCGUUGCUUCCAUUUUUGUCUACUCCCCCCCGCCCUACGCUCACUCCAUAUUGACUCAUUUUCUGCGGUUCUGCAUUGCUACCCAACACUGCUUCUCGUCUUCCCGCGAUCAAAUUAGAGGAGAAAAUCAUUGCUAAAUAUAACAGAUUUGGAGAUGUCGAAGCCACCCCAGAUCGCCAUUCUUGGCGCUGGCAUCUUCGUUAGAACUCAGUACAUUCCCAGAUUAGCUGAAAUCUCCGAUCUCUUCGUCCUCAGAGCGAUUUGGAGCCGUUCUGAGGAGUCAGCAAGAGGUGCUGUUGAGCUCGCAAGGAAGCAUUUUCCGGAAGUAGAGUGCAAGUGGGGCGAUGAUGGCUUUGAUGAGAUUAUUAAAGAUAGUUCCAUAGUUGCAGUUGCAGUCGUUCUUGCUGGACAAACUCAGGUGGAUAUAUCACUGAAGCUUCUAAAGGCAGGGAAGCAUGUCCUUCAAGAAAAACCAGCGGCAUCUUCAAUUGGAGAGGCAGAAACUGCUCUCUCAUGCUACAAUUCCCUUUGCACCAAUUCUCCAAGUCAACCAAUAUGGGCUGUUGGAGAAAACUAUCGGUUCGAACCGGCUUUUGUCGAGGGCAAAAAACUAAUGACUGAUGUUGGGGAUAUCAUGAGCAUCCAAGUUAUUGUUGAAGGAUCAAUGAACAGUUCAAAUCCUUACUUUUCAAGCUCUUGGAGGCGCAAUUUUACUGGAGGCUUCAUUCUAGAUAUGGGGGUACAUUUUAUUGCUGGAUUGAGGAUGCUUGUUGGAAGUGAAAUCUCCUCAGUCUCAGCUUUGACUUCUCAUGUAGAUACAACUUUGCCUCCACCAGACAGCAUAUCCUCUUCAUUUCAACUGGAGAACAGGUGUUCUGGAGUUUUUGUGAUGGUAGUAUCUGCUAAAUCACCCAAGAUACAAUGGCGAGUUGUUGGAUUAAAAGGAACCCUGCAAAUUGAGCGUGGAAGUAAAGACGGAAGACAUGGUUACCUGGUUUCACUUGAUGGUGUUGAUGGGCAAAACAAGACUUCCUUCUACCCUUUCAGUGGGGUGACUGAAGAAUUAAAAAUUUUUAUACAUGACAUUUCACAGGCAACCCUUAAGGUCGUACUUGUAAGAUGUUUAUAUCUGCCAUAUAUAUGCUCAUGCAUCUUGACUAGCAUGCCUAUCAUAUUUAACCAUCUGCACUGUGAUUGUGUUUUUUCAUGCUUUGGUUAUGAUUUUUUUUUCGUAACUAUUUAGAGGAUGAGCAACUAAAUAUAUCAAUGUUCUACAGAAUUUACAGGUUCUCCCAUUAUAGCUUCUUCAGCCCAAUUCAUUCACCUGAUCCGUUUGAUAAACUGCUUGUCUGAAAACUUAAUCCAAUUACCAAUAUUUCACUGUCUUCAAAAUAAGGAGCAUGGAAGUCAUUUAUUACCCAACACCUGUUCUUUGCUUAUCUAGGACCAUCCCUCUGAUCACGUGUGCUGCUUUGUUGCAGAAUGGCAGUUAUGAAGCUGAACCUCGCAGCUCUUUUGCAGAAGGUGCUCGAGAUGUUGCUGUUCUAGAUGCAAUGCUCGAGUCUGGAAUGAAGCAAGGAGCCCUAGUUCAUGUUAAAAAAGUUUAGCAUGAUGACAGGGGUUUGUCACAUUUUUCACUUGUACAAUCAUGCUUGAUGACACGGAUUUACCACCAAUAUUUUCAAGGCAGCCUCUGGUCUUCAUUUCCUUUAAAUAGCAUUUAUUACUUUUUUUUUUGGCUCAACUCAAUUUCACUAAUGAACAGGCUCAUGUUUCGGGUAAUCCCUUCUCCAAAAACUUCGAUUCUUCCAUCCCUGUUCCCAAUAAUAAGUGCUGAGAUCUUGCUUUUUUGUUUUCUUUUUUCUUUUUUUUUUUUUGAGGAAAUUUGGAUAAUGUAAUUGACAUUUUAGAGUUCUGAAAUGAAUCUUAUGUUCUCAGCU